AGAGGCGCCACAAGUUGAAACGCGAGCAUGUCGCAUGUCCACUCCGGACUCCGGAGCUUUUCUCCGCGAAAACAUACUAUGCAAUACUACGGAAAUACUCCAGAAUGUAAUUGAGACGAUACUUGCCAAAUAAUUUAACUAAAAUUUUACAAAGCAAUAGUGAGUACAGUGUUCCUUUUGGAAAAAUAACACAGGAAAAAGCGAGAGCCGUUCCCUAAAAACAACCUGAAACUAUCUGAGGAAAUCGAUGCUGGUACAUACAAGAUACAUGUUUACAAUUUUGUGAAAAAGAUUAAGAAGAUUAUAUAGUACAGAAGAUAGUUCUUGCAAAAUAUAUGCGCUGUAUGACCCAAAGGCAGGGUUGAAGACGUCUACGCUCCUAACCAACGAGGAACCUAACCUCAAAAAAAAAAAGAAAAAAUAAAGGGAAAUCGAUGACCGUUGAUUGUGAUUAACAUAAGACAUAAGUUAUUAGAAUUUUAUUGUUAGAGAUGAGUGACAAGCAGAAAGUUCUCAUUUGCGGGGACGUGGAGGGGCACUUCAAGUUCCUGUUCUCCAAAGUGGACGCUAUCAACAAGAAAAGUGGCCCAUUCGAUUUCUUGUUGUGCGUCGGCAAUUUCUACGGCGCGGACAACUCCGAAUUGGAGUCGUACAAGUCCUGCGAGAAAACUAUCCCGGUACCAACCUACAUCAUCGGUCCCAACCGGGAGUCGGACGUGGAGGACUAUCCCGACGAGGACGGAUGUGAGAUAUGUCAGAAUCUCACGUAUCUCGGGAAGCGUGGUCUGUACACCGCCAGUUCGGGCCUCAAGAUAGCGUAUCUCAGUGGAACUGAGAGAGCCUCGUCCGAGAAUAAGGCCAUUCAUUUCGACGAGCAAGAUGUUGUGUCGGUGAGAAACAGUUGCUUGAAGGGCCAACCGAGUUUUCGCGGGGUUGACAUCUUGUUGACAUCUCCGUGGCCGGAAGGCGUGACCAAUCUUGACCCUAACAAGCCGGAACACAAGUACGAGGGUUCCAAAUUGAUCGCCUGGCUCGCUACUCACAUCAAACCCAGGUAUCACAUGUCGGCCUUGGAAGGGAUUUAUUACGAACGGCUGCCGUAUCGAAAUCAAAGCCAGGGUGACGGAAAUAUGGAAAUAGCCACUAGGUUCAUAGCCCUUGCUCCGGUACUGAAUGACCAGAAAAAGAAAUGGUUGUACGCGUUGAAUUUAACUCCCGUCGACAGAACCAGGCUGUCAGAUCUAAUUAUGAAAACGACAGACGAGACGUCGAGUCCGUAUCCUAGAUCUAUGCUGUCCGAUGAUCCGACUUCGCAAAAGCAGGCCCAUACGCAAUUUUUCUAUGACAUGGAUUCGAAAGACAAUGCGAAGAGAUCGCGGCAUCAGAACAGCGGCAAUAAGAAGGCGAAGCUGGAAUUUGAUCAAUCAAAGUGCUGGUUUUGUUUAUCCAGUCCGGUGGUGUCCAAGCACCUGGUGAUCUCCGUCGGUACAGAGAUCUACUUGGCAUUAGCGAAGGGCGGUCUGGUGGAGGAUCAUUUCUUAAUUCUACCAAUAACGCAUCAUCAGAGCCUGUCGAUUCUGCCGAAAAACGUGAAGGAGGAGAUGGAUCUCUACAAGAAAGCCGUAACCAAAUACUACGAGAGUACCAACAGAGUACCUGUGUUCUUCGAGAGAAACUUUAAAACGUCCCAUUGUCAAUUGCAAGCAGUACCUGUUCAUAAAAAUCAAGCGUCCGCACUGAAGGAAAUGUUCGAGGAACUAGCCGAAUGUAACAAUUUCAAAAUAUCAGAGCUGCCACCGCACGCAGAUUUGCAGCAGAUCGCUAAUCCUGGAGUUCUAUAUUUUUAUGCAGAAUUACCGGAUGGAACUAUCUUGUAUUAUAGGAUUAAGAAAGACUUUCCGUUACAAUUUGGUAGAGAGGUAUUAGCAUCCGAUAGGAUAUUAGAUAUCAACGAUAGAUCCGAUUGGAAAGAUUGUCAUAUGAGCCAAGAAGAAGAAACUGAGCUAGCAAAGAAGAUUAGGAAACAAUUUGCACCAUUUGACAUAGAUAUUUGAAAAUAUUCAUACUAUUUAUAUUUUAUAGACAUAUUACACAUACAGUAGUGGAUAUACCUAUGUGGAAUAUGUGAUUAUGAUUUAAAUUGUAUAUUUACUUUUUAUUUUAAUUUAUAUAUAUAUACGCUUAAUGUAAACGAAAAUGUACAUAGCUUAGAGAUACAUAGAAUUAUGACAGAAAAAUUAAUUUUGUAUUAAAAUUACUAGCUAUCUUAAUGUACUAUUUACUGGUACUUUAAUUCAUAAUCAUUUAGAUCCAUGGAUCUAAUCUACAUUGUUUUUUUGCAAUAUCGAGCAGAAUAGCAGAUAAUCAUACCAUUAUCCCGUCUUAUAAAAAGAAAAAGAAGACAUUUUAAGACAAAGACCGUUAAAUAAAUUUCAUGGCAACAUGCGAUAGUAAAAUA